UUUCGAAAAAUAACUAUUUAAAUAGUACAAUGAGGGUGUUAGGAAUUAUACUUAUGUUUGCUAUCUCCAUAUCGGACUCCCAAUAUAUGUGUAAAAAAACUAUUCCUGGGAUUCGAGAUCCCCACUGCGGCCUCGGAAACAAAUGUCAUUUUAAUGGAUUAAAUCAACAUGCCAUCGGAUUCGAGGCAUGUAGGCGAAGGGUACUCGGACUUCCAGAAUUUUUAAAGGUAGUACGCGGAUUGUGCCCCAAGGGCGACAAACCCCCUUGCCCAAGACUCUCUAAAAGACCACCGAGAGGAAAACGAUAAAGAUAACUACAAAUUUUGUAUUAUAUUUAAAAGUAUGCUUUUAUAAAGAGAUCAGUAAUAUAAAUAUAAUCAAAAUAAAUUUAAAAGUUAUUUAAUGAUUUACGUAAAUAAUUUGAAUGUUUUUUAUUUUAUUGUUUGAACAAAUAUUCAAUUAGAUUUAUACACAAAUUCUGAAUUCUUCAUUCCACUUAAGGCACCUUAUUUAAAUUUCACGGCAAAUUUUAUUAUUAUCGAUAUAAACUUACAUUUCACAGAAAAAGAAAUCAUUCUCCACACACAGUGAGUUCCACACAGUGUCAUGCGGAAACUUGCGAUUCUAUUUUUAAUUGCUCUCUCCAUAUCCGGAGGCAGACUGCAAUCUGCGUGUAAAAAGGCGGUUCCAAGCGUUCGGGAUCCCCACUGCGGCCUGGGUAACAAAUGUCACUUCAACGGCUUCAACAAGUGGGUGAUCGAAUUCGAAUCAUGCAGGCGAAAGGAACAAGAACUCCCAGACUUUAUAAAGGUUAUACGCGGAAUGUGUCCCAAAGGCGAUAAACCACCGUGCCCGUCUGGGUGAUAAGCUCAUACGCAAUGGAUAAAAUUUAUU